AUGAAUUUCAAAAAGCCAAGCAGGAAAGCUUGGAAUUUACUAAGAAAAAUAGAUCCUAACACCAAGCGAAAACAUAUCGCUGUGAAAAUCAAGGCUGACCACUUCGCGAACCGCAUCAUCGAGCUAUCCAGAGCAAAAGUUGAUAAAAACGCAACAAAAAUAUUAAAAAAGAACUGA